UACUUAUUGAAGAAUAACUCAGCACGUACAGAGUUUGCACAGCAGCCUAAAUCGCAGCAGUGUAUAUGACCCAGAGCCCAACAUUAAAGUGAAGCUGCUUCUUUUCUAUUUGUCUGCCGAUCUUCAGUUUGCAUGCUGUUUUCUGAAGCAUAGAUUUGCAUUUUUUUUGGAUGAUCAAGUUAUAAAUUGAGUUUAUCGUAAAAUCACAGACUGUAAUCAGCAACAGAUGAAGAAGUGGACUCGCCAAAUGGGUCUCAUUUGAAGGACGGCAUAAUAAUGCAAACCUAGGCGAAAUGACCUUGCCUGUAUAACAGAACACAGAAGGGGAAUCUGUGCUGUUUCCAAAUUAUUUGAGCCAGGAUUUGGAAAAGCUGCUUUGAUUGUCGUCCGGGUCCCUUCCUCAGAGGAAACACAUCCUGUUAAUGUUUGAAUGUGAAGUUGGACUACUGAAUGUUUGUUGCAGCCAGCAACGCCCAAAGACUCACCAGCACAGUUAGAAAAACAACAGUUUCCUCCUAACUUUGAGAGUCGUUUUCUUUUUGGUAUCUUAUCAGUAUGUCAGGAUUGUGUCACUCCCAAAGCAUGAAGUCUAUUUCAACAAGAUGCUCAAUUUCUGCUUAACUGUUUAAUCUACUGCACGGUGCUUUGCUGUGAUUGUUAAUAUUUUGAUUUAAACUGAAGGCAAUCUCAACAAACAUUACAUCAAACUGCUUUGAUCAAGUUGAUCUACUUUUCAACAAAUUGACAAAUAGGUGCACAGAUCCAGGAAAUCACUCAUUUGACUCCACCAGCUUUACUCAAAGAUCUUCACUUCGUGCAUCAACGAAACUUCAACAAAAGGGAUGGACCUGCAUGCACGGCAGCUUAUCACUGCUAUGUCUCCAGUCAAGAAGGCGCAAGAGGGCGGAUAAACCACGUUCAUUUUCACCCAGCUUAGACAGUUAAAGUAUUUUCAAAAUCUGACACAUCCCUGUUGAGGAUACUGGUGGACAGAAGGAUGAAUGCUCAGCUCCUCUAGCAACUCUCAGACAGCUCUAGGUGCUCCUGAAUGUUUAAUACAUGAGUGUUUUGUGUAGAAAUAAAAAAGCUUCCUUGUGUUCACUUGGCAACUAGAGCUGUCUUGGAGUUGAGGAAAAGCAGCUGGGUAUGACUGUCCAAAAGCUGGUGGCUACUGCUGUGGCAGUGGCUCUUCUGUCUCUGAUUCUCAACAAUGCAGCAGCCUUCACUCCAAACUGGGUGUAUCAGGCACUGGAGGAUGGGAGAAAGCGCAGUGUGGGAUUGUGGAAGAUGUGUUAUGGAAUUGAUAAAGGGAAAGGGCCAACAAGGCUUGAACAAACUUUGGAGCGUGACUGUGAGAAUUUAAACUGGGGAUCAGAGCAUGCUGGAUUUCAAGAAUCUCGGAACACAGUGAAACUUCAGUUUGAUAUGAUGCGAGCCUGUAACCUGAUUGCCACAGUGGCUUUGACUGUUGGCCAGCUCAUCUUCCUCCUUGGACUGAUGGAAUUGCCACUAAUUAGCCAAGAUUCUCAGUGGUGGGAAGAGGCAAUAGCUGCUCUGUUUCAGCUAUCCAGUUUUGUGUUGGUGAUUGGACUGGUGACAUUCUACCGAAUUGGCCCUUAUACUCAUCUCUCUUGGUCAUGCUACUUGGACAUUGGAGCUUGUCUCUUCUCAACACUUGCAGCAGCUAUGUUAAUCUGGAACAUAUUACACCGGCGGGAGGACUGCAUGACACCCCGUGUUAUUGUUAUUCGUCACUCAAGACCCCGUUUUGAAAAUGACUAUGUGGAGUCACCCUGCUGAAAUGAAAUUGAUAACAGGAAAGGAGACUAUUUGCACGUGUUUGAGAAUUGCAGAAUCCCUGCUUGUUCAUGAACUAACUAAAUGUCUGCCCAACAAUCAAAAUAUGGGGAAGGUUGGAUGAGGUAGAUGCACCGCUGGGGAAGGAGAAAGCAAGGGUUGGAAUUUGAAAACAUUAACAAUUUUGAUUUGCGUCACCAGUACAAUUUCCAAGGAACUAUGCAAAUCAUGAAUUAAGUAUAUCAGAAUAUUAGAGCAUAGUAUAAACACAGGAGACUAAAUGAGCACUGGGGGGGUUUGAGGAAUCAAAUGUGCCAAUGUGCCUCAUAUAUCUAAGGGGACUCCACUAGAUUCAAAGGCAAAAUACAAAUGGCUUAAGGUGUUGACUUGUUGACAAAUUGGUGGUAAGAUGCAGUGUCAAGGACACUGAGUAACUUGGUGAUGAGGGUUUGUCACUUCUUGGCCAGGUCAUUAGGUUGAGCAACAUUGUGAAAUAGAAAGAACUCUCUUACUCCUCUUCACCACCACUAAGUUCAAGCACCUGCUACCAAGUGUCAGGACUUUACUGUGGAUAAUCAGGUAUCAAGAUUGAUAAAUAUUUAAAGGAUUAGUACUCAACAAUUGAACAAUCUAGGCUUUAAUUUAAAUCAGCUAACUAGAUAGGACACAAUAUAUGUAUUUUAUAGCAUUAGAAUGAUGAGAGUCACUUGUUAUUUGCUUCUGACAUUAGUGACCUCAGAACGUAAUCGGACUGAUACAUCAGGAAUAGGCCAUUCUGCCUGCCAAGCCUGCCCCAUAAUUAAAUACAUUCAUGGCUUGAUCCUUUUGAUGCCUUCUACCCACACAAUCCCAAAACAUUUGAUUCCAUUGGUAAUCAGAAAUAUAUCAAUCAAUCUCUACUUUAAACAGACUGAAAUUUCACAGCCCUCUGGCUUACAGAAUUCUAUAAAUUCACAAACUUUUGAAUUAAAAAGAGUUUCCCCUCAUUUCGGUCCUAAAUUGCCCUCUUCCUUGUUUUUAAAUGGCGCCUCCUAGUUCUAGACUCCACAGCCAGGAGAGGCAUCUUAUCUGGAUCUGUUCUGUAUUUCCCUUUAAGUAUUUUGUAGGUUUCAAGGAGAUCACCUUUUAUUCAUCAAGUCUCUUGAGAAUAAAGUACAGUGUUUGCCCAAUCUCUCUCCAUAAGACAGUCUCAUCAUCCUGGGACCAAGUCUGGUGAUUCUUUAUUACAGUCUCUCUUUGGCAAUAAUACCAUUCCCAAGGUAAUAGGACCUCAGUUGGCUGGACUGCAGGUUUGCAAUGCUGACUGAUGUCAACAGCAUGCGUUCAACUCCUGCACUGGUGAGGUUGCCAUGAAAGACCUUCCUUAUCAAACUCUCCCCUCACCUAAGGUAUGGUGACUACCAUCAGUUGUCUCUCUCUAAAGAGAGAGCAGCCCUAUGGUGCAGUAGGCCUAUGGUGACUUUACUUUUAGGUUCGAGAAAUUUCCCUACUACUGAUGUUAAGCUAAUAAGUCCUGGUACCUUGUUUUCCCUCUUGCUCCCUUCUUAAAGAAUGGGAUGAUGUUUGCUAGCUUCUAAUUUACAGGAGUCCCCAGUAUUUGAACUCUGGAAUGCACAGGCAAACCUACAGAUCAGAAGAUUCAAUAAAUUAAAGUUAAAUUUUAACAGCAAUAUUGAACAUGAAGGGCUAUCCAAUAAACAUAAGCGGAAUUCACAGCAGUUGGGUGGAGUUAAAAUGAAGGUGGACUUAAUCUGUGGGCAUUUUUAAGAAAACACUUCUGUAAUUCAGUACUUUCAGUUGCUUUUUCAAAAAGUGCACUGUAAUUAUAAAAUAUUAAAAUAAAUGGCAAGAGCACUACUCGGGUUGGAAAAUCAUCCUUGCCGUCAGUUCUACUGCCCUUGGGUUAACACUUUACCAUGGCUACCUUCACAUGCAAUCAAUGUUUCUGCACCACAUUGGAGUGGGUUUUCCAGGGAUGGGGGACAUACCACUGGACAUGUUAAUUUUGGUGAGGUGUUUUGUAUCUGACUUAGUGAAACAUUUAUUAUGGCUCUAUUGCACCCUUGGCACAAGUUGAUCUUUAAUUCAGGUUUUGUGUAGGGAAAUGGGGCAGGAUAGCUAGCCACGAAAAUAGGACAGACAAGUCACAGACAGGAUCUUCUGGCUACCUACUGUUGUGCUGAAUGAAGGCUUCCUGCUUGUCCCUGAAGGCAAAAGAUUUAACAGCCAAUGGGAUGCCUCUCUCCAGCCCAUCAGUCAGAAAGGUGGUGGGGGACAAGUGCUGUUGUUUUUAAAUGCACCACAUGCAAAGCUGGAGAGAAGUGAGACAGAAGCAUCCUUCACACUUUGAUUCCAUGAGAACAGUUAGUCUGAACCACUCCUGUCUGUGUCUUUGGGAAAGUUCCAUUAAUUCCAGGGGAACUUAAAAGGGUGGGAGUUCAAUGUCACAGAUGUCCUCGAUCUUAGUGAUUGGGAAACACAUGUUCCUUUGAGCUUAUUUCAGGAAAAUCAGACCCAUUAAUCUCAAUAAAUGUGAUCAUAAAACAUGGACUGAGAAAGCAAUGUGGAAUAUAAUUUUACUCUUUCAGUUCUGUGUUGUUUUAAAUAGUGGAAGCAGUAUCAGUAGAAGUGUUGCUCUAUUUCAUACCUGUGAAAUCUGAAAUCAUUGGUUUGCUGGUGAACCUAGAAUUCACAUUCACAUUAUUGCCAAUCUGCUGAAUAAACUACACUCUACAGUAAGGAAAAUAAAUCACACAAACCAGAUAAAUUCCAUGUGUGUAAUAAUGAUCAUUAGCAACUUCACGUUGAGAAAGUCACUAUUUGUACCAGACCUGUUAGUUCUAGUACUUUUCAAAUAUGACAUUUCAGAAGUGGUCUACCACCACAUACAGAUUAAAACCAAUACUUAUAAAUAUAAUUUGGGGUUUUUUGAACAAUUUGAGUGAAAAUAGUGUGAAAGUUUAACAAAAUAACAUCCAUUAUGUCUUUUUUUUUACAACACUUCCACAGUAUGCCACUCAACUCAGCUGACUGAACAGUGAACACUGAUCAAAUUCAUACUAACGAAUGGUAGGUUUGAGGUUUCAGCUUCAGCUGAGUGCUCGACACACAACAUACAGGUGUUAGCCAUUUAGUUACUAAGGUAUUAAAGCAACACAUUCAAAAAAGUAGUAUAGGAAUGAAAAUUCAACACAGGUUUCACCAAAUGGACUGUUUUCAGAUGCAGCAAAACUGCUUAAGAUUAACCAAAACACUUGAAAAUAUCUCAACA